AUGCAGUUGAAAAAAAUGAGGGAAGUUUUACCAAGAUUGUACCCUGGCCAAGUUAAUGAUAAAAGUAAUUCAUUCAGUACAUCCCCAAAGCAAUCUUCUGAGGAUAAAACAAAUCCAUCAAAAGGGGACGAUGACCAAAUCUUCUGUUACCAAGGAACUGAGGCUGAGGACAAUAAGUUGUCACUAAUAAGCUGUAUGAAAUGCAGGAGUGUUCAGAAAUUUUCAAUGCAAGAUCUAGAAAAGCAUAAGAAGCUUGGGUGGACUGAAGACAAAAAUUUCAUCUGCAAGAAGUGCAGUCAUGUUACACCACCAGCUUUCCACUUUGUUCCUGAGGGUGCCAAUGCUGCGGACUUGGAAAAAUGUGAAACCAAAUCCCCAAGUAAAAUCCAGAAAACAUUUAAAGUAAAAAAUUUUCUGCCAGGUAAAUACUACUGUGAUAAAUGUAGAUUUUCAACAAAGGAUCCUUUACAGUAUAAAAAGCAUGUAGGGCAACAUGAAGAAAUUAAGUUUCUUUGUUCCCACUGCAGUUAUAUAUCCUACACCAAAGGAGAAUUUCAGAGACAUUUGGUGAAACACACCGGAACUUUUCCAUAUCAGUGUGCAUACUGUGAAUAUGGUGCUGUUAGACAUGAUUAUAUAGUGAAACAUACAAGGAGAGUACAUAAAACACCCACAAAACAGCUGUCAAAUACUCUCAUAAACCACAAGCAAAAGAAGCAGAGUCAAAGCACUUUAUUUAAAAAGCAGAAAUACAAUAAAAUUCCUUUUCAGAAUGAACUUUCAAAUUUGUCUUCAAAUACAGUUUGUGAGAUUCCAGGUAAAGCAACUAAAUCAGUCUGUUCAUCUCAUCCUGUAGAAUGUAGCGUAAACACACCAUCAGUCCGGGAUAAAACAACAUUGGAGCCGUCUGAAAUAAGUGUAUAUGAGAAUCAAAGUGUGGAAGUUGAGGUUUAUUCUCCAAAAAUGGAGCCUUUACAACCUGGGAUGCCUUUAACAGUAAUUGCACCAUCUGAACUUGUAGUUCCUUCCAACUGUUUAGCUCAGAUAGUAGAGAUCAAAAUAGUGAAUGGAGCACAACAGCUGGUUCUUAAACUAAUUCCUAUGAAAGAAGCAACUUUCAAACCUGUGAACUGUGCUGAAGAGGAACUUGAAAAUCAAGGUAUAGAACAAUCUGCAGAAGGAAAAAAACCACCUGUGUCUCAAAGUGAGUUGCUAACCAUGGAAGUGAAUGUAGACAAAUUAUCCAGUGUUAGCAACCACCUUAAUUUGCAUAGUACACAUGAUAAGAAUUCUGAAUGCCUUUGUUUUUCUGGUUCUCAACUCUCAGACUGUGGCUCUGUACCUGUACAGAGGGAAGAUGCAUCAGAAUUAUGCUUUCAUUUGGUGAAAGGUAUUGAUGUCCAUUCAGGUGUUAUAGAACUUUGUUCUCCAUCUCUGGUGAUGAACAGUACUGAAAAAAAAAGUGAACUUAAAUCCUCAAGGUGUGAAGUAGAUGGGAAAAAUAACUUACAUUGUGAUUUGUAUUAUUAUGAAAAAGGUGAGGUUGUACACCCUCCAAAAUAUGCUUCUGUUUCUGAAGAUAAAUGUUCCAAAAACAUGUCAGUAGAGGCUGCUCAGGAGGGCAAAAAUUAUUCUGCAGUCCUUAAAGAAAAGGAUACAUUGCCUGUGAAGAGAGAUGACAAAGAAUGUAGAAGUCUGCCAGUCAGCUCUACAGAUGCACAUUUAACUGGCAAGACUUUUGAUAAAAAGUCUUUUACAUCUUCUGAGGCAGGAAAAAACAUUCAUGUCAGUAAAACUCUGCCCUUUGAGGAUAUAACUUUUGGCUUUAGCAAAGUAAAGAGAGGUGAAACCAGAAGUCAAAAGAACAGUCAUCUUCUGGAAUCACUAGAACUACAGAAGAUGGAAAAUAAAGGCAAUCCUUUUGAAGGACCUGUUAUUUCCUCUGUAUUUUCACUUAGCUCUGGAGCUGAAAAUGUUCCAGAGGAUGUCAGAUGGGAUGACACAACACGCAAUAAGAAGUCAGCAACAUUGCUGUGUAGAAAGAUUGCUCAACUCAUGUCUGCUGCUGAAUCUAACAUGAAAUCUACGCCUUUGAGAUGUCAAGCUUCUAGUAAAAAGCUGCCUUUGCCUCAAGAAAGUUCAGCAAGCUGUGAGAGAGUUGUUUGUGCCAUGGAGGCGGAACAGCCUGCAACUUUGUCUCAAGUGCAUGCUGGAAAUAGUGUGAUUAGUAGCAAAGAACACAGUGAAGAUCAGCUCUUUACAUUUGCAAGCACAUCUAAAAAUAGGGUCACUAAAAGCUCCCAUGUUGCUACUCCAGUGUUUAUCCCAAAAGGGACAAUGCUCAGAGUGCUGAAUGCUACUAGCAGUCAAAGCUCAGCUGGAAUAGAAAGCAGGAGGGAAACAUCAGCUCAUUCUGCGUAUUGCAAUGAAAUGUUUCUGCCUCGCCCGGUUCCUGUCAGUGUUUCUGAGACACUUAGCUGUAAUUUGCCAUGUUUGCCUAAACAGAGUGAACCAAAUGCUGAGUCCCGAAGUAUAUCACUCAGGCAAAGACCGAGGCGAGAGGCAAGCGUUAAAAAUAGCAGCAAGCAAACUGGUGUACCAUUUCAGAAAAGCAGUGAUGUAAGCAGGCAAAGCAAGCCCUAUUCAAAAAGUCAACUAGGUCCCAAAAGUAAGGCAAAACAAGCAAGCUUCAGGGAACUUCCUAAGAGGAAAACAAGAGCUCACUUGGAAACCACUUCAGGUUCUGACGUGUCAUACCUGUUGACAGCUAGACGUCUUCGGCUUGUCCCUCUGAAAAUGAACCAAUUAAUAAAAUGCCCUCGUCGUAACCAGCCAGUCGUGGUACUAAACCAUCCUGAUGUUGAUUCACGAGAGAUAAUUAAUGUUAUGAAGACUAUCAACAAGUAUAAAGGUCAAGUCCUGAAAGUAGUUCUGUCAGAAAGGACAAGUAGUUGUCUUGGUGUCAAACGUUAUCGAAAGCGUCUUACUCUUCAGAAUGUUGAGACAGGAAACCAAGCGAAAAAGCAGAGUAUGCUAAAAAUGAAGCUAAAAAAGACUCAUAAGAACAACUACCAGGUGGUGGAAAGUUCACCAGCUGAAACACUUCGGUGUCUGUUUAAAUGUUGGUUUUGUGGAAGAGUAUAUAUGGACCAAGAAGAAUGGAUAAGUCAUGGACAGAGACACUUAAUAGAGGCAACCAAGGGUUGGGAUGUUCUUUCUCUUCAAAGGAAAAAGCAUUAA